AUGAGUUUGAUGAAAUUUAUAAAUGAGAUCAACCAAACAUAUAGUAUAACAGAUAACAAUUUAAAAAUCCAAGAAUUGACUCGUCUACUAUCAAUAAACCCACAGGAAAAUAAAUAUAUUUCGAUAAUUUAUAAUGCUAAAUCCAUCCCAUCAUCAAUAACAACAUUAUAUGACGAAGAUUGGUCAGCUUUUAAUUUAAUAAUUACAAGUUUUGUUAAAUUAUGCCAUGAGAUGGAUCCGUGGUCUAUUUUAAAAUCAUUUGAUUUAUAUGCGGCUUAUUUAAAUGAUUUAUCAAUUGGAUUUAAUAAUAAUAAUUAUGGAUGGUUAUUAUCUAAUAUUAUACAAUCUACAACAUCAAUAAUUGUCCCAUGGGCGAAGAAUUUAGAUUUAAUGAUGUAUUUUAAAGAACAAGGAGGGAAAUUUAGAUUGAAUUAUAUGGCUAGUUUAAUAUUAAAAAUUUUCAAUAAUAUUAGAAUCAAUGAUUCAAAUUUAUUUAAAAAUUCAAUCAUUUUAUAUUUGGGUAAUUUAUUAUGUUUUAUUUAUUUCAAAUUGGAUAAUCCAUUACUUUGUCAAAAUGUUUUCAGUAAUAUGCAAAAUACAAGUUUAAAAUUAAAAGAUUAUCCAAUAACUCAACAACUUAAAUAUAAAUAUUAUUUGGCUAAAUUUUAUUUAAUUAAAAAUCAUUUAUUAGAAAGUUUUGAAAAUUUAAAAUGGUGUUUAUUAAAUACAUCAAGUUUGAAAAAUCAAAGGUUAAUACUUGAAUUGUUAAUUCCAAUCAGUUUAAUAAUUGGAAUUAAGCCAAAUUUUAAUUAUUUAAUGAGUAAAGGAUUAAAUUUUGAAUUUUUUGGACUUUAUCAACAAAUAGCACAAGUCGUUAAAACUGGAGAUUAUCAAUCAUUUAAAAAAAUAAUUAAUGAGAAUUCACAAUAUUUGAAAGAUAAGAAUUUAUUAUUACUAAUGAAUAAAUUGGAUAUUCUAGUAUAUAGAAAUUUGGUUAAAAAAGUAUGGUUGUUAUUAAACAAACCUGCCAGUUUAGAUUACACAAGAAUACCAAUUUAUGAUCAUGAAAAUGAUGAAUUAUAUUUGGAGAAUUUAUUAGUUACAUUGAUUGAUUCAAAUUUAAUUAAAGGAAAAUUAACCAUGAAUAAAACGGUUGUGUUGAGUAAGAAUGAUCCGUUCCCAAAGGUAUUCAACAUUUAUCAAGUAAGAUUUGCCAAAAGAAGUUUGAAUCAAUGGAUGUAA